UCAUGACGCAGCGGUUCCAGCUACGUCAUGACGCAGCGGUUCCAGCUGCACGUCUCUGAGCUCGUCGUUACUUCGCUCAGAGGAUCAAACUCCAGGAACUCCGUUAAAACCGGGAUUCAGCGUGAAAACACCGGAGACACCGACACACCGAGACCGGGACGAACCCGGACUCACGAGAGGGUUCCUCCUUCAGAGUGUGUGUGUCCUGAGGGGGAGGAGCCAGAGGACAGCUGGUGUUUGGUUUCCUGUCUGGGAGGAAACAGUGAAUGCCUGAGAGAUGUAAAGCUGAAGGAUUGGAGGACCUGUCACUUAAACCAGGACCACGCCCCCCUACCACCACCAGCCAAUUAGCACGCAGCCUGGAGGACCAUCAUGCACCUGAAGUCGUCCAGGUGCAGCAGCCUGUUUGUGAGGACCUGCAGUGGUAACCAUGGCAACAUCAGCCGCCUCCCCCUCGGUGUCCUCUAUACCAACACGCUGCGGCUGAAGGCCCCGCCUCCUCUCCAACUGUACCAGACCGCCGGAGAGGAUGCCGACGCCCCACUGGACAUCUGGACCGUCAUCAAGCCCGGACACGUCCGGGAGAAGAUCGCCAUCUUUGCUUCAGACGGCGGCGGUAGCAGCGACAGGACGCCGUCGGGGUCGUCCCGGGCUGGGAAGGCCAAGGGGAGCCGGGAGGAAAACUGCCGCUCCAAACGGCGCCGCAGAUCGGGAAGCAACCGGAACCUCCAGCAGGACGCGAAUACACGGGUACGGGACACACGGCAACCAUCUCCACGGCGAUCGGGCGGCGGGCUGCGCGACGGCGAGGCCGUGAAGACGACGGCGGAGGAGCAGAAGGUGUCGGUGGUCGAGAUGGUGGCAUUCCUGGAGCAGAGAAAAAGCGAGCGGCAGCCGGACUCCAAACCUCCGAUCGCCCUCCAGAGGAGCUCUGCCUCCAUCACGCUGUCCAGAGCUCCGCCCCUCGAGGUCAAGUGGGAGGAGCCAGAGAGUGUCAGGGUGUCAGACAUGGUGGCCAAGCUGGAGUCCGAGUGUCUGAAGAGAAGUACGGAGGGAGAUCUGUCGAGGAGCAGCAGCCUGAGGAGGACGGUGGGGCGCGUCCUGCUCGCCGCCGGGGACCAGAGCCCCGCCCCCUGCCGGCCUUCAUCACCAUCAUCAUCGUUAUCACAGAGUGUGGGCAGGGAGCCAAUCAGCUACUCAGAACCCGCUCUGACCACACCCCCCUCAGGUGAGGCCCAGGGGGCUCCGCCUCCUGAGGAGCCCCUGCCAGGCUUGUUGUUUUUGUCUGCCUCACAGCCCCGCCCCUCUACCGCCCGUCGUGAUUCCGGCAGCCAAUCGGAGAGGAGGGCGGCUGACGGAGCUUCGGAGGAGGAGGAAGAGGUUGCGGGCGUGACUCUGUGCCGCAGUGCGUCGGUGUCGCAGGACUUCCUGUCGCUGCGUCGGCGCCUGCAGCGGCUGCUAGAGCCGCGGCCGCUGCUCGCCGCGCUGCCGCCCCACCUGCUGCUGAGGGUCCUGCUGCUGCUGCCCACGCGCAGCCUCGCUGCGCUCAAGUGCAGCUGCCGCUACUUCCUGUUCGUAAUCGACCACUACGGCGUGCGGCCCGCCGACUCGCUCUGGGUGUCCGACCCCCGCUACCGUGACGACCCCUGUAAGCAGUGCAAGCGGCGGGGCGGCGGCGGCGGCGACGUGACCCCGUGCCGUUGGCAUCACAAGCCGUACUGCCAGGCGAUGCCUGGCGGCCCCGGCUUCUGGAUGUGUUGCCGUGGCGCCCGCAGGGACGCGCCCGGCUGCAACGUGGGGCUCCACGACAACCGCUGGGUGCCGGCGUUCCACAGCAUCAACGCGCCGAUUUACAGGCGGGGUCGCCAUGACGACUGAGAAGGGAGGAUCACUGACAUUAACUAUAGCUCCCAUCAUGCAACAGCAGGUCAGAGUUCUGUUGAGGAAUGUCAUAUUUAAAGAAGUUGAACUUUGACCUGCUGCUCCUUCAUCUCCUCAGCUCCGUCACGUGACCUGAGGAGGGGGAGGGGUCCCUGUCAGGACCUCCUCCUCCUCCUCAGAUCCUUCCUCUUCAUCACGUGAAGAAUCAGCUGUGAGGAGGCGGAGCUUUAUCUGCACUUUGUUUGUGUUUACACUUGUACAUAAAGAGUUUAGGAAACAUGGACUUCAAUCAGCUGAUCGAUAAUCCUCACUUCUUAUUGGUCGAGAGGAACCGUGGCCUUGAGGCGCUGCAAUAUUACAGAUUCUAUAUCCAUGUGUUGCUUUAAUAAAGAGCUUUAUCUUCUGUCACAACA